CUCAUUCUGCUGCUAGGCCUCGGGAGCUCCUCUAAGAUUCCCGCAUUGUUUUCCUGUCUCUCGACGCGUGCGUCGACGACAAAGCGGAGAAAAAAGGGUGGGAGGUCGUUC